UUUGACUGAUUCUUGAUCAGACAGCUAGCUGUGCAUUUAAUAUCUGUGAGUUUCAGCCAACCCCCGCAUAGCGAUGUGUAAGAGACUCAAUAUAGAGACUUUACUGGUGGAGGGAAACUACUGUAAAGCCGUCGUGGAAACGUGUUGCACAGUCUGCCCAGUGGGUGGCAGACAUGUCUCUUCAUUCAUACUAACAAGAUUUUCCACAUCCUGUUUGGAAAACUUCGCUGUGUUGCCCCUGUGGCUGCUUUCCUGUACAUUUCACUGUCUACCGCUUGUCGUCUGUAUAUGUGUCUUGCUGAUAGUUAAACCUUCUUCCGGUAUGUUUUCCCAUUCAACACAAAAAUUCUUCAGCGGGCUGUGUUCGCUGUGCACACUGAGCGCACUGUUGCUUUCUGUUUCGGGGGAGAACGUGUUCGAGAGUCGUUCCGGAAUGAUCCAGGAGCUCCGGGCAGCCCUGGCUGACCUGGCCGGGGAGGGGAGGACUUACCUGGGCAAGCUGGCCGGAGAGCAGACGGUGCUGUCGGUACAGAAGGCGUUCUCUCAGGUUUUGGGGGUCAUUGCAGGAAGUUUGGCCAGUGGUGUGAACGUACUCUUACAAUAUGUUACACACUUCCUCCAGGCUGCUGGAAUCCAAGUUGGCAUCCCAGUUAACAAGGUGACCCCAGAGGGGCUGAUUUUUGUUGCCCAGUGGGUUCUCAUGGCUCUCAUUGGCUACUGCCUGAUCUCCCUCGCCUUCCGAUUGGUUGCCUCCACUCUGAGGCGGGCCCUAUGGCUGCUGAAAGUGGGCGUAGCUCUGGCCUGUUUUGGAUUGAUCCUGAGCGAUCACAGUGUGGGCACAGAAACUAUGGCAGUGCGACUGGCUGUCCUUGUGUGCAUCUGCGUGCUGUUGGGUGUCGGGACUGUGAGGGGAUCUAAUGUGGAAGAUAAGACCACUCACCUGGCAGAGCAGGUGAAGAUCCUGGAGAGACGGUUGAGAGAGAUGGAGAGGUCAAGGAGGACGGAGGAGUAAAAGAGAUAGACUGAGAAAAGUCAAAUGUUUUCUUCUAUUUUUUCUAUCUGAUGCCUUAUCUACAAAUGCUGGAGCAUUGGUGUACUUCCAGGCCUUCUGGAAUGUCAAGGAGAAAAGCACAAUUUUACAGUUUGGAUGUUUUCUAUAAUGUUGGGUUUAAAGUCAUUUGUGGCAAUAUGAUCAAAAGACUGUGCUUCAGUGUGUAAGAGCAGUGUGUAGACAUGUUUACCACAUUAAAAAAAUUUCAACAUUGAAACAUUUUUGGAAA